AUGUUUUUGACCGAGGAUCUUAACGGUCAAUCCGAUUCAAAUAUUCGAAGGAGGCCGCGGGCACUUGAACUCCGGUCUGGAACGGCGCACACGGCCUGGAGCACGGAGCGCAAGGCGCACGGGGAUUGGAACGAGUAUCAGAACCCCGAAACCCCCAAUUGGAACUCGAGCACGACCUGGAUAGGAUUAAGUAAUCUGCUACGGCUUCUACGACUACUCGACGUCACCUGCUGCGGACUGCGGACUGCGGACUGCGCAUACUCUCUCAUAUAA